CGAGCGAUGACAGACCGUUAAUCCAGUGCGUUUACACGGAGCAGCCGCGCCGAGCACGAAGAGCAGAUAAAGAGAGAGAAAACAGAAAAAACAGAGGAAGUCGCACCUUUUCCAUAGUCGCCGAGCGUCUCUCGCGCCUUCUCGACAGAAUGAAAGCAAUAAGUCCGGUGAGGUCGCUGCGGAAAGGCGGCGCGGGCACCCCGGAGCCCAGUCUUGGGAUCUCGCGCAGCAAGACCCCCGCGGACGACCCGCUCAGCCUGCUGUACAACAUGAACGACUGCUACUCGAAGCUGAAGGAGCUGGUGCCCAGCAUCCCGCAGAACAAGAACGUGAGCAAGAUGGAGAUCCUGCAGCACGUCAUCGACUACAUCCUGGACCUGCAGAUCGCGCUCGACUCGCACUCCGCCAUGAGCAGCCUGCGGCCCGGACACGGCACGGCCAGGAGCCCGCUGACCACCCUCAACACGGACAUCAGCAUCCUCUCCCUACAGACGCCAGAGUUUCAGUCAGAUUUGAUCACAGAGGACAGCAGGACGCUUUACCGCUAAUCAGGUGUUUGGUUAAGACGUGAACACACAGGACCUGGGAACUGACUUUUCCCCUCAAUUUCUGUUCUCGGCCUGGAGUUUUUUUUUUGCCCCCCCUCCCCCUUCCUCCUUCUCCUCCUCCUUCUUCAUCUUCAUCUUUCUGUCCCUUCUUCAACUGAAUCAAGAGACAUUGCUUCUAAAGGACAAUCUAUGUGAUGUGUUAUUAUAAGUCCGGACGUUGAUUUAUUUAUCUUAAAGACUCAUUCAGUCUUUUUCUUCAAGAGGAAGAAGCACUAUAUUCCCGUCAAUGGGAGGAAAAAAAAGGAAUGAAAGAAGAAGAAAAUGGUCGCAAGAGACCUUGUUUGGUCUCUGAAGCGAGAAGUCUUCGCUUUUUUCGUGAAGAUGCAGUGUGAAUAUAGGAGACGACGUGCUUAGUUGCUGUACAAAGUUUAGUCUGUUAUUUUUGUUUCUUUCUUGUUUUUUUUUUUGUCAAGCAGCGUCAUUAUUUUUUGGCACAUGAAGGAAGGACUGGACGUUGAGUGUGACAUUAACGCGUGAAAACCUUGUGAACUCUUUCAGAGUCGUAUCUUGUAUAGUUGCAGAAAUUGGACUACCAAGCUGCAAGGUGUUAUGCUGUACUUAAUUAUGCUGAAACUUUUUAUAAAAGUAAUUGUAAAUCGUACCUUUUUUAUAUAAAAAAUAAAUCAAA